GCCCGGCCCCGCGCUUCUCCCCGCGACACCGAGCCGGAGCACAAGCAGCUCUCCCCGUCACCCCCUCGCCGCUGGAUGGUGCCUUCGGAUACCGCAGAGCGUUCCUCUAGUUAAACACACCUUUUCUUGGAAUUCUUUUUUUGCCCUCUAUUAGCCAAGAAAAACUUUGCAACUUUGCUUCGCUGUCGGAGAGGAGCCGCCGCCGCUGCUGCGUUUCAUUUUGUUUUUUUAAUUCGAGGUCACGUGUGCGCUGACAGUGUCUUUGAUUCCAAGCGAUGGUCUCGUCUCCAGCUUAGGAAGAGCUUUUGAGCUCUUCCCUCUGUUGUUUUCUCUCUGUUCAGGAACAAAGAGAUUUUUCUGCCUUUAAUUAAAAGGAAUAUUAAUUCCCCGCUCCUUUGUGGAGCGACUCGAAGACACUCUGCGAACGCCCGUCUGCUCGGCGCCGCGGUGGGCGAGCUGUGCCGCGGUGCGGGGCAUGGAGGAGCGGGGGAGCCAGCCCGAAAGCCCGCGGCACGCACGGAGCAGCGGCCGCGGAGGAUGCUGACAGCCUCGGUGCUCGGGUGAGCAGCCCAUGGAGCCGAGCUGCCGCCUGGGGCGGGCUCUUGGAGCCUCGGAGGUUUGUGAGGCAGGAAUCCUGCCGCGAGUUUGCACACAGGGAGAGGUUCCGUGCCUGGGGAGGCGAGUGGAGGUGAGCUGGGCUGUGCCAGGGGGGUUUGCCCUGCCGGCUGCCUCCCGUGCUGGCAGAUAACGCGGAGACAGCCGCCAUGCCCGACUCGCCGGCCGACGUGAAGACGCAGGCGCGCUCCUCGCCGCCCAGCAUGCCCCCGCCCGCCGCCCAGGGAGCCUCCCGCCACCCCUCCUUCACUCCCAGCACCAAUCGAGACGCUGGCCCUCCGACGUUUCUGCCUCGCGGCCGUUUUCAUGGUUGCUUGAAAUGGUCGAUGGUCUGUCUUUUGAUGAACGGGAGCAGCCACUCACCUACCGCCAUCAAUGGGGCUCCGUCCACCCCCAACGGGUUCAGCAACGGGCCAGCCACCUCCUCCAGCGCCUCCCUGUCCACCCACCAGCUCCCUCCAGCCUGUGGUGCCCGCCAGCUCUCCAAGCUGAAGCGCUUCCUCACCACCCUGCAGCAGUUUGGGAACGACAUCUCCCCCGAGAUCGGGGAGCGGGUGCGCACCCUCGUCCUGGGGCUCGUGAACUCCACCCUCACCAUCGAGGAGUUCCACGCCAAGCUCCAAGAGGCCACCAACUUCCCGCUGCGACCCUUCGUCAUCCCCUUCCUCAAGGUGGGUCUCCAGCCUGGGCAGGAGAAGCAGCUGCGUUAA